CUGUGAAAUGAAGGCAAAUAGUAUCAAUCCUGACCUUUGACCUUCCAAUUUAGUAUGUCUAUCUUCAUUCCUCUGAAUUGAUCCGCUAGAUUGUUUUCGGAUCUAGUGUGUAAGUGAGAAAAUUCCCGUAAUGAUAAGCAUCUUUGAAGAGAGCUAUAUAACUCACGAGUCAUUUUCCUGAGUGUGUAUGUGGAAUUUGCAUUAAGGAGACGGGAGAGUCUUUAAAUGGGUCCAUUAGUCCGUAUGCGCAUCUAUUUGUUUGUGUUGAGUCAGUCAUGCUGUGAAGACGGUGAAGCAGAAAGCCAGCAUGUCUGCAGAGCAGAAGAACUUCUACAUAUGAAGGACGGAUGCCACAUACUCACCUUGAACACACUCCAGCCUUUUUAGGUAAAAAUGAAGCCCCUUGUGCUGCUGUUUUGGAUUUUUGUUGUGACCGUACACACUUUUGUGCUUCAGCCAAGUGUAAAUGUGACCGUUUUGCAGAAUGCAUCUGCAGAAGGUGACCUUUGGGGAAAGCAGAGACUUACUCGGGUAAUGGAAGCUCUAAACGCUGAAGAAGAGAAAAGAAGUGAGGAAGAGGUCAAAAUCCGUGGGGCAGAAAAAGAAACUAACAAUAGUAAUGAAGAACAUGGUAUGAAAGAAACAGAAAUGGGACAAACAAUGAUACGCACAGAGGAUGCAGAGGAAAAAGAGAACCAGCAAGGACAGAGUCCGGAUGAACCUGACACAUUGGAUUUCACCCGGCCAACUCUGAAGCAAUACAACACUCCUAGCAUAUCUAUCACAUCCCAUCCAGUUCUGCUCACAGAAUCAGCUACUCCACCUCCAUCAUUCUCCUCCACACCACAGAGACCAGCAUCAGCUCCAGAGACCUUGUAUGUCAUCACCAAUACAAACCUUUCAUCUGAAACCACAGUUGAAACCCCAAAAUUUCACACUCCAGAUGCAAUGGGAACCACAUUACUAAAUGAAAGCAGAACAAAUGAUGACCUUAAAGUGGAACUCCAUGUGAUGAACGUCUCUGAGCUCCACCUAAAGGAGGAAGUGAGUGUUGAAGUCACUGCAUUGUCAGCGAGAGCGGGACCCACUGCAAAGGCCCUUCCCAGUACCUUUACGGACAAAGCAAAAAGCAAAGUGGCCAAACAUAAAGACAAUAAAACACUGAAAGGGAAGAAAAAAAAGGCUGUAAAGGGGAAGCCAAGGAAGACAACCAAAGUUUCGAAAAAAGCAAAGAAAGUUAAAAAGUUAAAUCAUGAGCAGAAACUGAAGCCAACAACUCCGUCGCAUUUUCCUUAUUUUGAAGAUAACUACUGCCCAUCAGAGUGUUCCUGCUAUGGGAGGGUUGUGCAGUGUUCUGACAAACACUUGGUCAAAAUACCUUAUGGAAUUCCUUACAACUCCAGGUACAUUCUCUUAAUGAACAACAAAAUUGAUAGCAUUCAGUUAAACUUGCUCUCCCAGUACGACUCCAUGGAGUUCCUGGUGUUAAGGAACAACCGUUUAACAGAUUCCGCAGUCAAGAAAGCAUUUGAAGGGAUUCAGCGUCUAAAGAGAUUAUAUGUGGAGCGGAACCUUCUCCGAAGCAUCCCCACAGACCUGCCUGCUACUCUUGAGGAGCUACGUCUGGACUGGAACCAGAUAAGUGCAAUGUCCAAUGCAGCUUUUGAACGCUGUCCGAGUUUGCAAAUUCUUAGCCUGAGCAACAACACCCUGUUGACUAUCCCUCCAGGUGUGCUUCUUCCUUUGGGCAGCCUUCGGACCCUCACUCUGUCCUACAACCAGCUCGCCUCUGUUCCAAUGCAGCUGCCCCUCAGUCUUCGAGAACUGUAUCUCAGAGGCAAUCGCAUUCAACGUCUACAAGGUGACAUGUUCUGGGGAGAGUCAGAGUUGCAGAUUCUGGAUUUAAGUUUGAACAGAUUGACCGAUAAAGGGCUUGGGAAGGCAGCACUAUUGAAUGCCACUGGCCUCGAGAGUUUGAAUCUAGAAGGCAACUUACUGAAGCGAGUUCCUCGCCAUCUACCCCACACCAUAAAGACCCUCAACUUGGAAGGAAACUUCAUCUUGAGCAUUACCAAGGAUGCCUUUGUUUCUAUGCCUCAACUGGAGCAUCUAGGUUUAGCAAGAAACAAAAUCGCCAAAGUGGCUCUUGGUGCCUUCAGAGUUCUCCCACUUCUGCAUCAGCUAGAUAUGAGUUACAAUGCCUUAGAACAGGUACCACGGCAGCUCCCAUUGUGGCUGCACUCUGCAACAUUUAUGCACAACAACAUCCGUUCGAUUCCUCGUGAUGCAUUCUGUUGGGGUCGAGACAAUGUGUCCCCACUGAGCCGCUUGGUGAAGGUGCAACUGGAAUAUAACAUGAUAGAUCUAGGUCAUCUGGACACGCUGGCCUUCAGAUGCCUCAGAGGCUUUCAAGUGGUGGAACUUUACUGAAUGAAUCAAUUGGGAAGCCCUAGAUAAAAGGGGCAGGCUAUGGUUGGAGUUGGCAUCUGCGACGAUGAUGAGUUUGACAAACUUACUUUCAAUAGGAUGAAAAGUCAGAAAUUGCAGUUAGUGAUAAACUAUAUAAACUGCAAAAAUGCUCAGCUCUGUAGACGAUAGUUUUGAUGGGCAUGAGGUGUCGUGCAUUACUUGACACAUAUUGAGUACUUUUCUGAUGCUGCUUCUCUGAUUUGAUCAAGUGUGUCUGCCUGCGGACUGCAAAACAGGGGCGUAAGAUGAAGGGACGUAACCUGUAGUAAGUCAAAGGCGUAACUUGCAGUUGUCAUAUUGAACCAUGUGAGAUGUCACAAUGAAAUGUAGUUGGCAAGAUGGCUUACCAGAAAAUUUUUUUAAGAGUUUUCUCCAAAUUUAUCUACAACAAAUUCUUUGAUAUAUUAUUAUAUUCAUACGAUUAGCAACUCCACCAUGCAACUUUAUUCGUUGACUUCUACUCGAUGUCGCCCCCUGUGGUUGCAAAUAACCUAAACAUUCUUAAACAUCGCUGAUUUGCCAUUGUUUUCACAUGCUCAACAAAAAUGACUGUGAGUGGCCGUAGAGGUCAUCGGUUCACCGAACUUACCGCUGUUUACUGCAUGUAACCACAGAUACAGGGACAUUGGAGCCUUUUAAAGCCACAAUUCAUCGUAUAUCGUAAAUCAGCUUUUAAAGAAACCAGCUGAUCGACGUGACCUUAAAACGCUUCAGUGUCCCUGUAUCUGUGUUUAGGCUCAAUUUGGUGAACCGAUGACUUUUAAGGCCAAUCACAGUCAUUUCUGGUGAACAGGUGAACACAAUGGCAAAUCAGCGAUGUUUAAGAAUAUGCUCCACAGCGCUUAAAUGUUUGCGGGACAUUUCAGUACCGAUUGGUAUCGAAUUCCAGUAUCAUAACAACCCUAGUUAGGUAGAGACGUUAAUAAUUGUGACGGUUGGCUUUAGGUGUGGAGUAGGUGUAGACGUUAAUAACUGAUGUACAGCGCCAUGUUGAGGACAACAUACUUUUGACAUGCCUCCAUAACUUCAAGUUAUGCCUCUAAUGUACUAGAAGUUACGCCCCUAAGACACCUUCAAAUUACGCCCCUAUCUUGCAGUCCGCAGACAGACCCUACUCGAUCUGAUCAAAUAUAGCCAAAAACAGAAUUUAAGUGUAUGCGGCCUGGGUUAUUUGUUGUGAUGAAAUUUGACUAGAUGUUGAAUAAGACUGAGAUCAGAGUUGUUUUGUUUGGAUGAAUCCCAGUCCCACUUGUUUUUGAGAUUGUGUAUUGAUUCAAUGUGACACAACAUGUCUUACAUUAGAAAAUAAAUCACUCGCUUUUGUAACUUGGCAGUCAUCUUAUCUCUGUCUUCUCCAGCUAAUGUUAUAUCAGUGGUUCUUCACUCCAAAUAUGUACUGUUUAAGAUUCAACAGGGGACAUACUUCACGUCGAGUUGAUACGAUAUUUUCACUGUUUCUCAUUAUCUGUAGUGUUUUUCUAAAAAUUGCUUGUUUUAUUUUUCUUGGUAAGUGCUUGGCUGGGUUUGCUGAUUGGCUGUGGUUAUUUGUGCCAGAUUUGAAGCGAAGAAAAGCGCAUUAUUCAGAAUUUGGCCGAGAUGAUCUUGGCUGUUUCUUUCUCUCACACAAGGGACUUAACCAGUCCAUCUAUGCCAUUGGCUGGAGUUCCAGUGUGGGUGUGUGUGUUUAGGAAAGAAAUCUCCUGCAAAUAAACAUGUUUGGUUGAACAUAUUUGAGUACUUUAAGGUUAUGCUUUUAGGAUGAGUCCAAAAUACAACCUUGCAAGACACUUGCACAUGGUUGUAUUCACCAAUAGGUGGCAGAAGAGUAUAUUUUAACAAACCUUUGCAUACAUUUUAAUAUUUCUCCCUGGUUCAAGAAUUACAAAGUUAAUAUGCUCCAUUAGAAAAGUUGAUCAUCAUUGAUCAUUGAACUCUCUUUAUUCACAUUAUUGUGAGUUUUUAAUGGCCGUUCUUAAAAAGAUGUCUCAAAUGUAUAUUUUCAUUUCAAAGCAUAUGCGUGUUGCUGCUCUUGCAUAUGAACAAAGUUGACAGGGUCUUGCCAAUCUCUUGCGGUCUUUAGUUUCAAUUCAGUGAGACUGUUUAAGCAAACCAUAUGAGUGUGUGUAAGAGUUAGGGAAUACAGGGAAGGAGAGGUGAAGAGGGGGGAAAGGGGUGACAAAGUGAGAGAGAAAUGAGAUGGAAAGAAAGCAAAUCGCAGCUUCAUGUGUAGGGUUGGUGAAUUCCAUCUGUCUAAUAAUGCAGGGAAGCUACGUGGCACUGGGAGACAGCUGGAGAGAGAGUAAGAGAGAGAGAGAGUCUGAGGAAAAGACGAGAGGAAGACUGAGGGGAAAAAAAGAGAGGACUUUAGUAAGGUGAAGGAGAUUCUUCCAGAACAUCCCUACAGUCCAGCAGGACCCUGACCCCUGAUAUUUAUCUGUUUGAAAACUCUUUUUCUUAUUACUUGUUGAGUUUAUUUGAUUUUAACCCAAGCAGAUUUGUUUUUAAUAUUGGCAAAUGGGAGAGACGGUGAGCUGGCACGCAUAUUUUCAUAAGUUGUCUGUGCACAUACACUAAGAAUGGAUAAAUAGUAUUGUGUUAAAGACGAUACUUUAUAAUUAUUUGAUCUGAAAUUUCUAUAACAAAGGGACAAACUGUACACUAUAAAAAUGGAAAUGAAUAAGAAUCUGUUUUGGGAGAAUAUGUUAGAAGAAUACUAUUUCAGUCAUAUAACUUCAAAAUGUUACAUUUCGCUGCAUGUGUUUGGGGUAUCUUUGUAAUUAAUUGUGAAAUUUUCAAUUUACUGUCCAUUUAAAAAUGUAAUUAAAUAAAAAAAAUCUUAAAAUGUU